UUUUUUUUUUUCUCUUUUUUUUUUUUUUUGCCGGAGUCGAGCGGGUGCUGCUAGCGGAGGCGCCAUAUUGGAAGGGACAAAACUCCGGCGACAGCGAGUGACACAAAUAAACCCCUGGACCCCUUUGUUCCCUCAGCUCUAAGGGCCGCGAUGUUGUACCUAGAAGACUAUCUGGAAAUGAUUGAGCAGCUUCCUAUGGAUCUGCGGGACCGCUUCACGGAAAUGCGCGAGAUGGACCUGCAGGUGCAGAAUGCAAUGGAUCAACUAGAACAAAGAGUCAGUGAAUUCUUUAUGAACGCAAAGAAAAAUAAACCUGAAUGGAGAGAAGAACAAAUGGCAUCCAUCAAAAAAGACUACUAUAAAGCUUUGGAAGAUGCAGAUGAGAAGGUUCAGUUGGCAAACCAGAUAUAUGACUUGGUAGAUCGACACUUGAGAAAGCUGGAUCAGGAACUGGCUAAGUUUAAAAUGGAGCUGGAAGCUGAUAAUGCUGGAAUUACAGAAAUAUUAGAGAGGCGAUCUUUGGAAUUAGACACUCCUUCACAGCCAGUGAACAAUCACCAUGCUCAUUCACAUACUCCAGUGGAAAAAAGGAAAUAUAAUCCAACUUCUCACCAUACGACAACAGAUCAUAUUCCUGAAAAGAAGUUUAAAUCUGAAGCUCUUCUAUCCACCCUUACGUCAGAUGCCUCUAAGGAAAAUACACUAGGUUGUCGAAAUAAUAAUUCCACAGCCUCUUCUAACAAUGCCUACAAUGUGAAUUCCUCCCAACCUCUGGGAUCCUAUAACAUUGGCUCGUUAUCUACAGGAACUGGUGCAGGGGCAAUUACCAUGGCAGCUGCUCAAGCAGUUCAGGCAACAGCUCAGAUGAAGGAGGGACGAAGAACAUCAAGUUUAAAAGCCAGUUAUGAAGCAUUUAAGAAUAAUGACUUUCAGCUGGGAAAAGAAUUUUCAAUGGCCAGGGAAACAGUUGGCUAUUCAUCAUCUUCGGCACUUAUGACAACAUUAACACAGAAUGCCAGUUCAUCAGCAGCUGACUCACGGAGUGGUCGAAAGAGCAAAAACAACAACAAGUCUUCAAGCCAACAGUCAUCAUCUUCCUCCUCCUCUUCUUCUUUAUCAUCGUGUUCUUCAUCAUCAACUGUUGUACAAGAGAUCUCUCAACAAACAACUGUAGUGCCAGAAUCUGAUUCAAACAGUCAGGUUGAUUGGACUUAUGACCCAAAUGAACCUCGAUACUGCAUUUGUAAUCAGGUAUCUUAUGGUGAGAUGGUGGGAUGUGAUAACCAAGAUUGCCCUAUAGAGUGGUUCCAUUAUGGCUGCGUUGGAUUGACAGAGGCACCAAAAGGCAAAUGGUACUGUCCACAGUGCACUGCUGCAAUGAAGAGAAGAGGCAGCAGACACAAAUAAAGGUGGUCCUUUUGUUUGAGGAAGAAAUAAACUUCAGCUGAACAUUUUAUAUAGGACUGUAAAAAGAAGAGAAGAGAAAGAGGAAACAAUGCAUUUCCAGGCAGCCACUUAAAGGAUUUACAUAGACAAUCCUAUAAGAUCUUGAACUUGAAUUUUAUGGGUUGUAUUUUAAUAAUGUAAGUAAAUUAUUUAUGCACUCCUGGUGUGCUAUGAAUAUUAUUCCAGUUAGCCUUGGAUUAUUUCAGUGGCCAACAUAUGCAGACAUUUGUACUCCUCAACCAUUUUCUCAAAGUAAUGGGCAUUCUAUGAUUUAGACUUCAAGGAAUUCCAAUGAUGAAGAUUUUAAGGAAAAUAUUUUAUAUUCAACAGGUAUAUUCUGCUGCAUGUACUGUACUCCAGAGCUGUUAUGUAACACUGUAUAUAAAUGGUUGCAAAAAAAAAAAAAAAAGUCAGUGCUUCUAAAAAGAAUUUAAGAUAAUGGUUUUUAAAAUGCCUUUAUAAUAAGCUUUGUUUCUUUGUGAAACUAAUUCAGCAGGCUGAAGGAAAUGGUUCAUGUGAUAAAGUGGGCUGGUAUCCUCUAGAGUACCUGGGUACAUAAACAGAAACUCCUGUAGGUAAAAAGUAAUUUGUGCCAUUAGUCUUUCUAUGUUUCUGCAUCCAGAUAGAGUGCAGUUCAUGAGGGAGGGGGUGGGGGACUGAAGGGGCAAGGGCGUUAAAGUGAUACAUUUUUAUACCAAAUGUGUUUAUUUUUUUGUGCAAGUAAUCCUUAAAAUUGCAAUUGUAUUAGGUGUUAAAAUAAAGUUUUUAAAAAAUUACUUGUAUUUAUACUUUACAUACUUAAUAAUGAAAAUUUCUGAAUUCCAAUUAACUCUCAACUUCCAUAAUCUAAAAAGAAUCAGAGGCCCAGGACACAGAAUACUGUGUAAUCUAUGAUGUCUUUAAUAAUGUUUAGAAUUUGUGAUAUGAGAAUACAGGAAAGAUAUUUUUAAUGUAAAUUUGAAAUGCCAAUGUAUUUUUUUUUUAGAACAUCUUCUGGCUUUUCCUUCAGUCUAAAAGACAUGAAAGAAGUGUAAGUACAGCAGUUAAAAUGAAAACAAUGGUUAUGGGUGUUUUGACUGGAGGCAAUGUAUCCAAAUAGAGUGAAGAGACCCUCCCACCCCACCCUGUUGAGAGCUUCAAAUUCAGCUAUUUUCGAUUCUGCUGCUUACUGAUACGACAGUUAAUUCAAAUUUUGUAUUGCUCUGGGCUUAUUGCACCAGGGUGAUACUGACUACAGUAUAGGUCUUAUUCUAUAGGUGCUAUUUAAAUUAUAAAUUUGCAUAGUGGAGGUUUUAUUUAAAGUAUAAUAUUGAGUCUGGUCUAUAGAAAAAUCUUUAACUUUUAAGAUACUUAAUACAUCAUAUAUCUUUUAUAUUGAAACAUACGGGGUCCAUCAGAUUUCUGCUUUAAUUAAACCACUUACGAGCUUCUUAGAACUUAUUCAGAUAACAGUGUAAAAUCUAUGCAGUGCUACCCAAAGGGUGUGAGGUCUAGAUAGGGGAUUUCAAAGGUCUCUUCCACCUUUGAGACCCCAUGAUUCUGAGCUGCCACAGUCUGAUUAUACAACUCUGCCAACCCCCUAAACAAGUUAGGUUCAUUUGUGGGUACUCAUGAUUUCAUAAUAUCGUGAUUAUCACCAUUUCAUGAUACUCAAUAUUUUGAGAUUUUAUAACCCUUUAAGAAGUGAUAAAUAAUGUAGUAUUCAAUUCGUUUAUCAACGUAUAUUGCCUGGAAAUACUCACAUGUAUCAUUUACAUCCUCUAUAUAUUGUGACUAUUCCAACCUCAUUCAUUUUAUAGAAUUGGUCAAAAGAAAAAGCCUUAUGUACAGCCUUAUUUGAAAAGAAAGUUCUUUGUCUGAGUCGGGAACAUCGUGUUUUCCAGCUGCUACAUCCCCUUUCAGUGUGUGAAUUCCACUCCUUACCAAAUCACUUAGAAAACACUUUGACAAGUUUUAAACUCAAACACUGAAUAUUUUAUGAAGCAUGUAUAAAGAAAGAAACCAAAAUUUGGUGCAGGUAUUUAGUAAUGGGUAGAACCUGUUAAUAUCUGAAUCAUAUAUAAUGGGCCCAAACAUGGAACUACCUCAUCGCCCCCCAAAAAAUGUGGCCAACUAUUAAUAUUCUUUGUGACAUUUACACCAAGCGGCAAAGUAAGUAUUUCUGGUAUUAUAAAGUAAACAUUCAAAUUCUCUGUUGUGCAAAACUCAUGUAACAGUUGGUGGGACAAAAUAUCCAAAUGUGGGUUCAGAGUUCGUAGGUGGUGAAAACUGAGGCCUUACUGCUGUGGAGUGUAUAUCAAAAUGUUCAUGGUGACACAUUUGAAGCAAUAAAUGGCUUAAUUAAAUGCCAAAA